UUUAUUUGGCUUAAUACGUUAUAGCAUGUCUUUAAACUUUACCAGUGUUGCCAUUUUUAAAGGUAAAAGAUUGUUAAAACUUUAAGCCUGUAUACUCAUAAAUACUGUAAAUUGUUGUGUUCAUGUUGUUACAUAUUUAUUUAAAAUUAUCUUUUCUUUUUUCUGAGUGUCAAAUAAAUAAAACUGACCUGCCGUUACAUACUUUUAAAAAGAUUAGCUGGCUUAUCAGCUGGCUCCUGCAGACAGUGAUAAAUGAAACUGGAAGUACUGCUUGUACAAACUCAAUGACAAAAGGUUUGCAAGUGAACACAAAAGCAUGGAAAUAUACAUUUUCCUCCCAUCUCAUAUUUUCCAUUUACCAUGUCCCCUUAAGCGCUUUGUAGAUGUCAUGUGCACAGUGUUCCUUUGUUAAAACUACCGGGGUAGGUUAUAGCACCUGCUGUGGUAAGUUGUAACAGACAGAAGAAGCAAAAACAGGGGCCACCCAUGUGAUAUGCUUUGAAAAGUGGUUUGUUGAAAUAAAAGAACAAUCCAGAACAAUGUCUCUUUCUCUGACUGACCAUAACUCAAAUCCACUUUCUGUUUGAUUCAGGAUUGUGUAUAAAUGUCUGUGUAAAUUGGCUACACACAGAACAAGGACCCAAAAGCAAAAGCUGGUACAGGAGCACAAUUAAGUUAAGUUAAUUGAAGACAUUCACAAAAGGUUUCUCAGCAAGACUCUUUGUUUUAUCAGUGGCAUCUGGUUGCCAAAAGGCAGAAUACAAUCCAUAACCUGACAUAGAGUGUAAGCUUGGAGAGCCCAGAAAUUAAAUAGGGCACAUUUCACCAAAACUUCAAUUGGCUCCUUACAGACAACAGAAAGGUUUUGCUGUCUGUGGUCUCAGAAUCCUCAGUGUUGUCUUUCAGCAUUACUUGAUGGACUCUGGGAAACAUUCUAAUAAUUUGAAAGCAUUUGGUCCUUGUUUGACAACUGGUUAGAGUAUUUGGGCCAGUUAACAAGUAAAACCCUGCGAUUUAUCUUGCAGCCACCUCUACUAUCAGGAAUUCAGCCAUAGCGUGGCAAAAGUAAAAUAUAUGUGGUAGAAUACAACUGAAUCUAUCUCAGAGUUACACUAAUAGAACUAGUCAGUGAGUUAUAAUAGUGAGCAGAUUAGCAGUGUAGAAAACCUGCAGGGACAAACCUGACCCUGCACACAUCAGGGCCUUCCCAGUAGCAUCCAGGUCCUAGCUUCAAACAAGGCAGCAUUGAUGGGGACAGCAGGCCCAGGAGUGUAGUCAUUCACUGGUCUGCUUGGCUCCCCUGAAUAGGAUUAAAUUUACAUGGAUUCUUGGGGUAAUUUAGUAUUUUACAGGUGCGCCUCUGUGACUUUGUUACUGUUUGACCAUGUCAUCGUGUUUCUCAUGCCUCUGAUUUAGGGAUCUAAUCCAUGCUUGCAUGCUAACUGACUGUUUUGUGCACUUGCAAUAAAAAGACUAUUUAAUUUUCAACAUCUAGACUGCAGAGGCGGAGAUCAUCAUGUGCAUCCCAAUGCCUGGGCCUAUUUGUUUGGUGGAAAAUGUCAAUGGUUCACUGCAUGUAAGUGAUGCAGCCAUAGAGUAUCUGUCCAGGAAUAACCAGCCUGUGGUGGUGGUGUCUGUGGUAGGACUCUAUCGCACAGGAAAGUCUUACCUCAUGAACCGACUGGCAGGAAAACAAACUGGCUUUGCUCUGGGCAGCACCAUUGAGUCCAAAACUAAAGGUAUUUGGAUGUGGUGUGUGCCACAUCCCAGUAGAACAGGACAUACUCUGGUGCUGCUGGACACUGAGGGACUUGGGGAUGUUGACAAGGGAGACUCUAAAAAUGAUGCCUGGAUCUUCUGUCUGGCUGUUCUUCUGAGCAGCACUCUGGUCUACAACAGCCGUGGAACCAUCGACAACACAGCAGUGGAAAAACUACACUAUGUCACUGAGCUUGCAGAGCAGAUUAAGAUCAAAUCACCUGCAUCCAAAGCAGCUGAGGCUGAGGAGGAGGAGGAAGACACUCAGUUUGUGCAGUUUUUUCCUAACUUUAUCUGGACUGUGCGUGAUUUUUCAUUACAGCUGGUGCUUGAGAAUAAGGGUCAAGUGACCGAGGAUGAGUACCUGGAUUUUGCCCUGCAGCUGAAGAAAGGUCUUAGUAAGAAGGACACCAACUAUAACCUUCCAAGGCAGUGUAUCCGGAACUAUUUUCCAACCCGCAAGUGCUUUGUUUUCCCGUUUCCUGCCUCCCAGGAGAAAAUGGUUAUGAUUGAGAGCCUGGAUGAGAGUGAAAUUUUCCCAAAAUUUCUGGAUGUUACACAGCAUUUCUGUGACUAUGUCUUUGCUGAAAGCAGAGAAAAAACAGUUAAAGGAGGAUAUAAAGUCACAGGGAGGAUGUUUGGUCACCUAGUGCAGACAUAUGUGCAGACGAUCUCUAGUGGAAAAGUCCCUUGUCUGGAGAAUGCUGUGGUUGCUAUGGCAAUGAUUGAAAAUGAGGCAGCUGUGCAGGAGGGGUUUAAGCUAUAUGAGAGUGAGAUGGAACAGGUGAAGAGAACAUUUCCUGUCAGUUUUAAUGAAAUUUCUGCUGAACACCAGAGGAUCAGCAACAUGGCCUGCAGUGAGUUUAUGAAACGUUCCUUUAAAGAUGAAAAAGGGGAAUACUUCAAGAAACUGAUGGAGGAAAUAGAUAAGCACUAUGCUGAGCUAACUGUUCAGAACAUGGAGGCAUCAGAAGAGAAGUGCCACCAAAUUCUGACUGAUCUGUAUGAGGAGGUGAAUGUGUGUGUACGGCAGGGGGAGUAUGCAAAGCCUGGAGGAUAUGAGCUCUAUUGCAGACAUAGAGACAAGAUCAUUGUUGAGUACCACAGCAAGCCCAACAAGGGAAACCAGGCUGAGGCUUUGUUGGAGAGCUUUCUGAAGGGGAAAAGUGCAGAGGCAAAUUUAAUUCUCCAGACUGAUGAACAACUGACUGAAAGUGACAAACAGAUUCGAAAGGAAAAAGAACAAGCAUCUCUCUUAGAGCAGCAGUUUAAAGUAGAAAAGGAAAAACAGAUGGAGAUGGAGAAACUAAUACAGGAGGAAAAAGUGAACCAUCAGCAACGGGUACAGCAGAUGGAGAAGAAGUUUGAGGAGGAGAAGAAUCAGCAACAGGAGGAGAUGAGAAGAGCAGUGGAGUGCAAACUGGCCGAACAAAAAGAACUCAUACAGAAAGGGUUUGAUGAGAAAGCCCGGCUGCUGGGCCAGGAGAUUGAACAACUUAAAAAAGAAAAGGAAAAGGAAAAAGAAUCUGGUGGCGUUUUUAAGGAUUAUGUCAUGCCACUUAUUGACACUGCCAAAGAUGUGUUUUCCACAGUCCUUCAGUAUAAACUCAUGAGGAAAUCCCUCAAAAUGCCAUUUUAAUGCCAGAGAAAAAAAGUUUAAAUGAGUGAAAUAUUAUUUGAUAUAUAUUAAAAGCCAGCUUAAGAAAUCUGAUAACUCCCAGGUCUUUGUGUGAGGUAAUAUAUUUCAGUGUGGAACUGCAAUGUGACAUUCACUUCUGACAUAAAAUCAGCAUGUACUUCAGAUUAUACCUGCAAAUUUUUUGUUUUUCUCUGAAGAAUCUAAGCAAUGUAAGUAAUGAAAUUAAGCUUUUGCAUAUUGUCCAUGAGUCAUAAAUUGCUAUUUGUGCAUUGCAUCUUGUGUUCUUUCAAUGCUUUUCUAUCAUAACUGUACUUAACCUUUACAGGUGAACUUAAUUUGACCUUCUCUACACUUUUGAAUGCACAUGUCCAACUGUUCAGUGUUUCAGUACUUUUUGAAUAACUUGCUGUUCUCUAACAAGGUGCUUAACGGCAAAAUUCACAACUGGUGUUUGAUCCAUGAAUCGACCAAUAAAUUUUCUGGAUCAAUUAGAAUUGUUAUUUAAACAGUCCUCUUCAUCAUGCUGUUCACAUUUUGACAUCAUGAGACCAAGACGACACCUAACAAUUGAUCAACAGUACCUCGCCAUUGCGAGGCUUCAAACAGGAUGUUCUCAGAGGGAAGUGGCCACUGAGCUUAGAGUGUCACAGAGUGUCAUCAGCAGGUUGUGACAGAGAUACAGAGAGACUGGAAGAGUCACAGAAAGGCAUAGAAGUGGAUGUCCUUUGGCCACAUCCCACGUUGAUGACCGCAUUAUUGUGAACAGUGCCCUGCAGAACCAGAUGAAGAAUGCCACUCAACUCCAGGCACAUUUAAGGGAGGUGAGAGGCACCCAAGUGUCACGUCAGACCAUUCGAAACCGUUUACAUCAGCGUGGUCUGCAUGCUAGACGACCUGCAAGGGUACCUUGCCACACCACUAGGCACAGGCAUUAUCGUCUUGCAUGGGCCAUGGAGCAUUUACGCUGGACGAGGGACCAGUUAGCCUCAGUGCUGUUCUCUGAUGAAAGUCAAUUCACGUUGAUCAGAAAUGAUGGCCUCCAACGAUGUUGGAGACAUCAAGGAGAGUGCUAUGCAUCAGCCACUGUCGUGGUGGUGUUACAGUCUGGGCAGGUGUGUCUACUCAAUACAGAACUGCCCUACAUCUUGUGAAUGGUACAGUGACAAGCCAAUACUACCCGAAUAACAUCAUAAAUCCAGUCAUUGUGCCCCUGCAUGAACAGCACAGGCCUAAUUUCAUCUUCAUGGACAACAAUGCUUCAGCUCAUCGAGGUCGCAUCAUUAAGGAAUGGCUGCUGGAGGCUGGGGUACCUCAAAUGGAGUGGCCUGCACAAAUGGAGUGGCCUGCACUUUCUCCAGACCUGAAUCCCAUAGAAAACCUAUGGACAAGGAGUUCUGUUUAUAAAUAUUAUGAACUUUGUUAAAACAAUGAUAUACACUCACAGAACACAUGUAUGUCUACACAUUCACCCAGUCAGUUCACAGCCUUCUCAGUAGCACAUUCCAUUCCAUAUCUAUGAACCCUUAUAUGAUCAUGAAUUCCAGAUGUCUCCCCACUAAAAAACCCUGCUUCCUACAUUGGGAAAAUGUCUCACUCAAUGAACUUGGCUCCGAUCCAGACUCUGAUGCAGAGAUUUCAAACACUCUUCAUCUUAAGCUGACCCUCUGUCCACUCUCCCUUCCAAAACCCAGAUCCCUUGACUGGGCCAAUUUCAUGCCUCCACCCACAAUUGGCCAAUGGCCAGGAUUUUGGAGAACAUUUUCAGUCGCAAGAUCACCUCUCUAACCAGUUUAUAGCACAAAGAUUUUCUGACUCUUUUUCCCCUGUCUUUUGACUCCAUUCCAACACUUCUGCCUCUGCUGCCUAACUAAGACUAAACAGAAAAUAAAAUGGCAUUUUC